AUGCAGAUCAACCGCAAUCACGCUAGUUAUCGGAGACGCCAUGACAUAAUCCCAUUCAAGCGGGACUCGAUCCCUGGAACGCGCUCACGUCUGGCACGGUUCUGCACCGUAGUGCUGGCCUUCUUUCUCACGUUGAUUGCCCUCACGCUGCGUCCUCUUCCGAUCAGACACUGCCAGCGACAUCGCGGCCCCAGAUCGAUCGAGGAGCGAGUCGACCAGAUCCUGACUGAGACGCCGCUGAUAGACGGACACAACGACCUCCCCAUUCUGAUCCGCUCUCGCUUUGGCAAUCGCAUCUACGGAUCCAACUUCACCGACCUGUUCGUCCAUGGCCAUCUGCCCGGCCAUGUCGAUCUGCCCCGGCUGUCUGCUGGCAAGGUGGGAGGCUCCUUCUGGAGCGUCUACGUGCCGUGUCCCGCCGAUGGCGCCAACUAUUCCGGUGCAAAUUAUGCGCACAGUGUCAGGCAGACGUUCGAGCAAGUCGACGUGAUCUCCAGACUGCAGCAGGCGUAUCCGCAUGUCUUUUCGGAACCGCCCAACGGAACGACCGCCCUGCAGGCCUUCCGCCAGGGGAAGAUCAUCUCGCCGUACGGGAUCGAAGGUCUGCACUCGAUCGGCAAUUCCUUCGCCCAUCUCCGGACCUUCUACAAGCUGGGCGUGUCCUAUGCCACCCUCACCCACAACUGCCACAACCUCUUCGCCGAUGCGGCCCUGGUGGAGAUUCCCGGCGGCGGCGUGAAGAAGGCAGAACCGUUGUGGCACGGCGUCAGCGAGCGCGGAAAGGAUCUGGUCCGGGAGAUGAACCGGCUGGGCAUGAUCGUCGAUCUGUCGCAUGUCAGCCAGGACACGAUGCGCCAUGUCCUGGGAGCGGGCAAGGACGACUGGAGCGGAAGCAAGGCGCCGGUCAUCUUCAGCCACAGCUCCGCGUAUGCGGUUUGUCCGCAUCCGCGCAACGUCCCCGAUGACGUGCUGCAGCUGGUCAAAAAGACCGACUCGCUGGUCAUGGUAAACUUCGCGCCCGAUUUCGUGUCCUGUACCGCCUCCAAUCGACCGGACGAACUGCCAGACUUCUACCCCGCGAACGCAACUCUCGAGCACGUCGUCGACCACAUCGUCCACAUCGGCGAACUGAUCGGCUACGAGCACGUCGGCCUGGGCAGUGACUUUGACGGCAUCACCUCCACACCGGCCGGAUUGGACGACGUGUCGAAAUUCCCGGCCCUGGUGGCCGAAUUGCUCCGACGCGGCGUCAGCGACGAGGAUGCCGCGAAAGUGGUGGGAGGGAACCUGCUGCGAGUGUGGAAGAAGGUCGACGAAGUGGCUCUGGAGUUGCAGGCAGAAGGGGUGCUGCCGGUGGAGGAUGACCUCGACGGGCGGCUGUAA